AUGUCUUCUCACAGACUCAGGGCGACAUCGCCCCUCCUGCUGAUCGUGCUACUCCAAACCGUUUCGGCUCAGUUCUGCUCAUUCUGGAAUAAUGGCUGCAUCGACUCUCUCGCUCAGACGGCGAUCCGCUUCGAUCUUCAACCACUCUUCCCGGAUCCCGUCACGCUGUAUUAUGGUUUCGACGCGAGUGCAUCAGGCAAGGGCGAAGGCCCAAUGACCAAGACGGCGUUUUGGCUGGGGUAUCAGAACAACGUCAACAGGGACGCUGUCGAUUCGAAUCGGACGUCCGAGAUUGGGAUGCGCGUGGGGAAUCUGACCGGCACGCCGUCCGGGACGAAUAAUGGCUGUGAUGGGAUCUGGGGGCCUGAUUGCUCCUCUGAGUUGAAGGGUGUGUUGCAGCGGAGUAUGUAUCACCUCGCUGUGUCGGGUGAUUACUAUUCGAAGCCGCUGGAGGUUGCUCUCAAUCAGAUGUUGAUGAGGCCACCACCGCUUCCUUCUUGUCCCCCGCCUGUUCUUGAUGUCGCGUCUAUUCCCGUGCAGGAUUUCGCUAAAGAGCGCGUCCCCGAUCAGAAUGUUACCUUGAUGCCACCUGGCUCUGGUGCCUUUCCGUGGCAGGUGUGGUAUAUCGAUGGCAUGAACGCCCGCCAGCAGGCCAAUCAGGUCGCUGUUGGAAUCAUUAGUCGGGGUCCUUCGUAUAACAGUGCACCGCCCGAUAGCCCAGACGAUAUUAUGGUCGAGCUUGUUUGUCUUCAGGCUCCUUCGAGUGGAUCAUCCAAGAGCGGCCAUGAUUAG